GGGUCACCAGGCAUCAAGUCAUUUGGCUCGACAGCGAGCACCGCGUCAUCUGGCAAGGCAGUGGGCUCCGAGUCAACAGGCACAACAGUGGGCACCGGGUCAUCAGGUACCAGAUUGUCUGGCUCGACAGCAGGCAUCGGGUCACCAGGUAUGACAGCGGGCACUGGGUCACCAGGCAUCAGGUCAUUUGGCUUGCCAGCGGGCACCGCGUCAUCUGGCAAGGCAGUGGGCACCGGGUCACCAGGCAUUGGAUCGUCUGGCUCGACAGCGGGCAUCGGGUCACCAGGCAUCAGGUCAUUUGGCUCGCCAGCGGGCACCGCGUCAUCUGGCAAGGCAGUGGGCAUCGAGUCACCAGGUACGACAGCGGGCUCUGAGUCAAUUGGCACGACAGCGGGCACCGGAUCAGGUACCGGAUCAUCUGGAUCAACAGCGGGCAUCGAGACUGGUCAACUG